AUGGUGCUGGCGUUCCGGAACCCAGGACUAGCAUGCGCCUGUCUUGCACACCUGGUGGUCGGCAGGGAGGAGGACCUCUCCAUCACCCGCAUUAUUCACCAACAGUUUCGAACGCCAGACAAAUCUGCAUGGCCCCCGGAAUGGCGGAGCCUCUCCGCACUCUGGCAGAAGCAGCAGUGGAAGUGGCAGUUCUGGACGGAUGAGGAUGAGGCCAAGCUCUUUCACGAAGACUUGCCUGAGUUCGAAGAGCUUUACCACUGGAUUCCCAACUGCUUGCAAGCCAAGAUCUCGCAGGCAGACUUGUCCACGUAUGCAAUUCUCUAUGUACAUGGUGGCGUUUAUGCAGACAUGGACACCGCCCCGCUGGGGGACUUGGAGAUCUUCCUGCAGAGCGCCAAACGCGCCGCCGGAAGGCACGUCGCAGUGGUGGUGAACAUCGCGCGGCCCGAUGACGGGCUGCUGGAAGUUCGUGGGGUUGGAGGCCUGGCUGAGCCGUACUCCACAGACACGGAUCUCAUGAUGUCCACCGCGCCGCGGCACCCCUUCUUCUACCAGGCCUUGGUUUCCAUUCGCGACUAUGCGCGGCAGCACAAUCAGACAGUUUGCGGAAGAGAUCGGCGCACGCCGACUUACGACCUCAUGUUUCUGACUGCUUGGGGACGGCUCUCCAUGUGCACACGCGCCUGGACAGAGCAUGGAAUGAACCACAGCGGGCUGCAGCUCCUGGAAUCCUUGUUCCUCCGAGAUCCCGUGGAUGCCACCUUUGCUCACAUGGCGUUGCACGUCCUUGGGAACAUCAGCUUAGAGGAGCUGCAAAGCAAUCCACCGCCCAAGAGCGAUCUGCGACUAGAUCGGUGGUUGGAGCGCAAGCUGCUGCACCAGUCCGCGCCGCGCCAGGGCUACGCGUCACUGGAUCCAUUUGCGCUGCAGGUGCUUUUCCAGGCACCUGACCUCUUGCUGGCGCCCAUCGCGGUGAGCCCCAUGCUGUCGAAGCGCGAGCUGCGAGAGCUGCAUUUGCGAUGCCAGGAGGAUACCAGCUGCUUUAAGCAGAACUUGACAAAGACGGCCGAGAUGCAACUCCCUAAGAGAGAUCCUCAGCACAAUCUCCUGCUUGUCUUCAACGAGGACGACGGGAUUUGGGAAGGCAGCUGGAAUGCAGAGGAGCAGCAGGCGUUUCGCAACAUGGAGGCCAAGCAAACCCUCGAGCUGUGA